UUUCCACGCGUUGAGUUCUUCUCCCCGUAUCCAAGUCCGCCAUCAUGACUCAGAUGCAUGACUAUCUGGAACAUGAACACCGUCAGGCUUCGUUGCCCAACGACGAGGCUGUCGAGGUUGUUGACGACAAGAAUGUCGUCGUGCUCACGACCGAAGAGUUGACACCCGUAAUGGACGUCUCAAGUGCCACAUUAGAUGACGUUCUCCACGUCUUGACGAAGAGCUCAGACUGGCAGCAACUGUACGAGGCGGUCGUGAUGCUGCGCCGCUUCGUCGUACAUCACAGCCAAGUGAUCACGACCAAACAGAACGAAGAACUGCUACGUCCACUUGCGCUAGAAUGCGACAGUCUCCGAUCAGCUCCGUCCAAAAACGCUCUUUUAGCAUGUGCGGAAUGCUUCGAGUUUCUACCUCGAUCGACUCAAGAGCGUGCGUUGCUCGGUGGGGCACGUCCCGAGAUGAUCGACGUGCUUCUACGUCGAUCUGUAUGUGAGAAGAAGUUCCUACGUGACGCGGCCUUAAUCGCAGCACAGAAGCUAGCGACCCAUCUUGCCGGUAUACCGCUUCUAGUAGCAGUAGCCCGGUACGGCACUAACAAGAACGGCAAAUUAUGUGGCUCAGCUGCGAAGAUCAUAGCGUUGAGCAUUGAGUCCUUGAAGGCGUUGUAUCGUGCUUUAGCAGCAUUCCGCGAGAGCAAGGACGCGACUGCACGUACGGAGGCGACAGUAAGUUUCCAGCGGCUAGCUGCGUUACUGGGCACGAAAGCGCUCGAGAGCGGCGUGAAAGACGCUUUACCGGGUGCAGGGCAAGCUGGGGCUGUAACGCGCAUCCUUAAAGACGCCUCUGCUAACACCAGCGUCACGAAACCUCGAACUCAAGUGAGGUCAUUACGCGAUCGUGUGCGAACGGGAACUGUAGCAAUAAACUAAGGCAACUCUAAUUCAAAACACUGUAUUCCCUAAC